UCUCAUCUGGCUGAAAAGGUUGAGUAUCACAGUGAUUUUUGUAGCAGUUCCAUGAACUACUUAAAUAACGUAGGAUGGAACGAGGCAUUCUUGAACUAAUGGAAUGACAUUUUGCUGCAGCCUUUCACACCUUUGGAGUCGUAAGCAGCCAAAAAGAGAGGUCUGGGAUGGCUCUACACAAAACGCAUUCCAAGCACACAUCUGCACUCCAGCAAGCUGGCAGAGUGCAGGUGGGCUGGGGGUGUUGAAGACCCGCAGAUGCCACUGCCGUGGCACUGUCCCCACAUACCUUAUUGUACCCUUGUGCCUCUAAACUCACAGCACACGUCCCAAAGGUGAAAAGCUCCCUGACAACCGACGGUGAGGGCCGGCUCAGAAUUUGGGGCCGGGCACACGGAGGAGACCCUCCUCCCGAGGCCAGCCGCCUGCCUCCCUUCCCUCCCCUUCUCCUCCCUUCUCUUCUCCCGGCGGCCGGCCGGCGGAGGGUCCUUUCCUGGGGCAAGUUGCUCGGCACCCCCGGGCGCGGGGGGUGGGGGGUGGCCGGGCCUCGCUGCCUCCCGCCUCCCCCAGGCCGGUGCGUGUGGCCGCGCUAGUGAUUCCCACUGCAAAUAAAGUGCCCGGGCGCCCGCCCUGCCGGGGAGAGGCGGACCGGGAGCCGCUCCGGGCGGCGGCACACGCGGGGCCAUGGCCGGGGGGGCGGCCGCAGCCCCCAGGGCGCUGCUCUGCGCUUUGCUCUGGGCAGUAACGGCAGCGGCCCCGGGGGGCGGCCCCGCUCCUGGAGCCUUCGGCCGUGUCUACCGAGGAGCCGUGAACAUCAGCGCGGAGCGGCUCUACGCCUUUGCCUACAGCAGCGAGCCUGGGCAGGUAGAUGCAGUGCGUGUCUAUGUGAACAGCAGCUCUGAGAACCUCCAAUAUCCUGUCCUGUUUGUAGUUCGCCAGCAGAAGGGAGUAUUAUCAUGGCAGGUCCCACUAAUUUUUCGAGGGCUAUAUCAGAGAACCUACAAUUACCAAGAAGUGAGUCGGACUCUCUGUCCAUCUGAGCCAGCACCUGAGACAGGACCAUCUGACCAGAUCAUAUUUGUGGAUGUCGCUUCUAUGGCACCAUUUAACAUUGCAUAUGAACUGCUAGUGACCAGGCUUGAGAACUUCCAACUUGAGACCAACAAGCCCUUUAACUUCACUGCCAGCCCUUCCCAGCCUCAGUACUUUCUGUACAAGUUUCCUCAAGAUGUUGAUUCUGUCAUCAUUAAAGUCGUGUCUGAUGCAGUCUACCCAUGUUCAGUUGUCUCUGUCCAGGAUAUUGUGUGCCCAGUAUAUGAUUUGGACCAUAAUGUGGAGUUCAAUGGUGUUUACCAGUCUAUGACAAAGCAGGCAGCCAUAACGGUGCAGAGAAAAGACUUCCCAGGUGAGCAGUUCUUUGUUGUGUUUGUCAUCAAGCCAGAGGAUUAUGCCUGUGGGGGUUCUGUGCCUUCCUCUAUCCAUGGAAAUGUCAACCGUACUUGGAACCUACAGCGGACGAAGAACCUUCAAGUGACGAUUGUGCCGUCUAUUAAAAAGUCUGUUUACAUUCAGGCCAUGUUCUUCAGCUUCCUGAGCUUCCUCUCUUUUUACCUGGGCUCGGUGGUUGUUGCUUUUGUGCACUAUAUCAGGGUUCAAAGGAAGGCUUCAGCUGAGAGAUUGAGUCCUGAGAAUGCUGCAUCUGAAAGGCUGCUGAUGAAAGAUGGAUCUGGGAUUAUGACAUCUUCGCACCCCAUCACAGCCAGCACCCCUGAAGGAAGCAGCUAUGGUGCUAUUGAUGAGUCUAGCUCCAGUGGUGGACGGCAGUUGUCUUCCCCUGAGCAUGGGCCACCGGCAGGUUCUGACACAGACAGCUCUGUGGAGGAGGAGAGCGACUUCGACACCAUGCCAGAGAUUGAAAGUGAUAAAAAUGUCAUCCGCACAAAGGUGUUCCUCUAUCUGUCAGACUUGUCCAGGAAGGACCGAAGAAUUGUCAGCAAAAAAUACAAAAUUUAUUUUUGGAACAUCAUCACCAUCGCAGUGUUUUAUGCCCUGCCAGUCAUCCAGCUUGUCAUCACCUACCAGACGGUAGUGAAUGUGACUGGCAAUCAGGACAUCUGCUACUACAACUUUCUGUGUGCUCAUCCGCUUGGGGUGCUGAGUGCCUUCAACAACAUCCUCAGUAAUGUGGGCCACAUGCUGCUGGGCUUUCUCUUUCUCCUCAUUGUGUUGCGCAGAGACAUUCUCCACCGUCGGGCCAUGGAGAUGAAAGAUGUCUAUACCCUCGACUAUGGGAUCCCAAAGCAUUUUGGUCUCUUUUAUGCUAUGGGCAUCGCUCUGAUGAUGGAAGGGGUACUCAGUGCCUGCUACCACGUCUGCCCCAAUUACUCCAAUUUCCAGUUUGACACCUCCUUCAUGUACAUGAUCGCAGGACUUUGCAUGCUUAAGCUCUACCAGACCCGCCACCCAGACAUCAAUGCCAGUGCCUACUCUGCCUAUGCCUCGUUUGCUGUGGUCAUCUGCCUGGCUGUCCUUGGAGUGGUGUUUGGGAAAAACGAUAUGUGGUUUUGGGUCAUUUUCUCAUUGAUCCAUGUUUUGGCCUCCCUGGCUCUCAGUACGCAGAUCUACUACAUGGGCCGCUUCAAGAUGGACCUGGGGGUAUUUCGACGGGCAGCAAUGGUGCUGUACACAGACUGUAUCCAGCAGUGCAGUCGACCAAUGUACAUGGACAGGAUGGUGCUGCUCAUCGUUGGAAACCUAGUCAACUGGUCCUUAUCCGCAGCUGUGAGAAGCUCCUGCCUAUCCCCUUGUUCUGCAUUGUGGCCACAGCGGUGGUGUGGGCGGCUGCCCUCUACUUCUUUUUCCAGACCCUCAGCAGCUGGGAGGAAACUCCAGCAGAGUCCCGAGAGAAGAACCGGUCGUGCAUCCUGCUGGGCUUCUUUGAUGACCACGAUGUCUGGCACUUCCUUUCUGCAGCUGCUUUGUUCUUCUCCUUUCUGGUCCUGCUGACCCUGGAUGAUGAUCUGGAUACGGUGCGCAGGGACAAGAUCCCAGUGUUCUGAGCCCCCGGUGGAUGGAGGCAUGGGAGUGUGCCAAGCCACUUGGCUGAGGGCACCAGGCUUCCAGUGUCCGUGGGAAUGAGCCUGCUUCAGUGGCCUGCAGCCCUGUGGGAGCAGAGGAGCUAGAUCCCACAGUGAGCAUGACUGGGUGCUUCGGUAACUGGGGCAGGACCGGGAGGGAAGAUUACAUUGCUCCCCUGCCACCAUAUCCCCUGGGGCAGGCAUGUCCUAGCAUUUGCAGCCCUCUGGCUUGGCAGGGCAGCGGGUGCUGGAGCCGGUGAGGAGGGAGGGGACAGGAAGCGUAUUUAAGACCUUUGCUUCCCUUCCUCCGGGCUGACGUGCUCUGCUUCCUCUCUAGAGAGUGGGUUUGAGAAUGCAUUGCAGCUCCUCCUGUGUCAGCAGCAGGUGCCCAGACCCUGCAGGCUGCUGCCCUUGGAGAGCCCCUUGGGCAGCGUGGGGGAGCAUUUCGUUUCUGUCCCACCACUGUUCCAGUGUGCACAACAGCUGCUGAGUGAGCAAAAGGCUCCAGGCAGAGGUGGCAGCAGGCAACUAUGUUCUUUUGUUGGAGAAGCUCCCCCUGUAACUGGUGGGGAGCUGCAGGAACGUGUCCAAGGGGCUGCAGUGUUGCAGGGAGACAGGGACUAGAGCUGCACUGCCAGAGGCAGGACCUCCUGCCUUGCAAUUGCAGCCCUUCUCACUGGCACUAACUUUACAGCCCCCCACUCCUCUCCAGCAGCUCCCAUGCAGUUGCUUGUCAGUGCAGAGGUCUCCUCUACAGCACCAGAAGCACUGAGACUAUGAGAGAGAUGGAAUGAUGAAGCCUCAGCCUCGUGCUGGGCACCUCCUUGGCUCCUGCUGUGUACCCCAGUCCAGGAGCCUCGCUGAAGGGUUGGAGAGUAGGGGAGCUGUCCAGCAGCCCCUGACUUUCUCUUCCCACAAGUUUGCUUUGGGCAAACUUUGGACAGGGGGUGCAGAGGAGGUCUUGGGGGCGUUGGGGUUGAGCUCUUUGGAGAUCUGGACAAAACUUCUUCCCCCACCUCUUCCACUUUUCUGCAUCUGAAGUUUUUAAAUGUCUUUGCAUUCUUUCUGAAUUCUCAGUUAUUUAAAAAACAAGAAUAAGGUGUGAAUUGUUGCAGGUGUUGCAUCUACAAUGUGACCUGCUUUGCUAAUUUUGAAUUAAAAAGUAUUCUUUGAG